AUGGGCUGUGUUUCAUCUAAAAAAAAAUUAUCCAAAUCCGAUUUAGAAUUUCUUGAAGAAAAUACUGAAUUUACCAAAGAUCAAAUUGUUGAAUGGUAUGAAGGUUUCAUCCUUGAUUGUCCCAAUGGUGAAUUGACAAAGAAGAAAUUCAUUCAAGUCUAUCGUCAAUUCUUCCCAAAUGGACAAGCUGAAGCAUUUUGUACACAUAUAUUUCGUACAUUCGAUGCUGAUAAUUCAGGCAAAAUUGAUUUUAAAGAAUUUUUAAUGGCAAUUAAUAUUACAGCCAAAGGUAAUCCUGAAAAGAAACUUAAAUGGGCUUUCAAAAUGUAUGAUAUUGAUUCAAAUGGAAGUAUUGAUCGACAGGAAAUGUUAAGAAUUAUUGAAUCUAUCUAUGAUUUACUCGGUGCUACUGCAGCACAAAAUGCACCAAAUGGUGCCAUUACAAAUCGUGAUCCAAAUGAUACACCUGAAAGUCGAACGGCACAAAUAUUUGCUGUUAUGGAUGAAGAUAACAAUGGAGUUAUUACUGAAGAAGAAUUCAUUCGUGGUUGUAUGGCUGAUCGAGUCUUAUAUCAAAUGUUAACGGCCGAUACAAGCGAUCCUGAACGAUAA